UUCAUCCCCAGAAGCCCAACCCGGCCCGGUACAUUUCAUCCUUCAGCCGACUGCAAGCGGAAAAGGCGAUCUUCACCGGAGUAUCCCCGAAAUCUCAGGCGCCGCCGGACCUCCGUUCUUGCCCUCGCCGUUACAACCCUGGUCUCCUUUCUCCUUCUAAGGGGCGCUAAGGUGCGGGGGAGAUGACCACUAGAAUCACCCCCGGAGUCGGAGCCAACCUCCUCGGCCAGCACGCCGCAGAGAGGAACCAAGAGGCUACCACAUAUGUUGGCAACCUUGACCCUCAGGUUGGUGAGGAGUUACUGUGGGAAUUGUUUGUCCAAGCAGGCCCUGUUGUUAAUGUCUAUGUUCCAAAAGAUAGAGUUACAAAUCUUCAUCAAGGAUAUGGAUUUAUUGAGUUUCGGAGUGAAGAAGAUGCAGAUUAUGCUAUAAAGAUUUUGAACAUGAUUAAACUUUACGGAAAGCCAAUACGUGUGAACAAGGCUUCCCAGGACAAGAAGAGUUUGGAUGUAGGGGCAAACCUUUUUGUUGGUAAUCUUGAUCCGGAUGUAGAUGAGAAGCUUCUCUAUGAUACAUUUAGUGCAUUUGGAGUUAUUGUAACAAAUCCCAAGAUAAUGCGUGACCCUGAGACUGGAAACUCUCGAGGAUUUGGUUUUGUUAGCUAUGAUUCUUUUGAGGCAUCUGAUGCAGCUAUAGAGUCAAUGAAUGGUCAGUAUCUUUGUAAUCGUCAAAUCACUGUUUCAUAUGCUUACAAGAAAGAUACUAAAGGAGAACGACAUGGCACCCCAGCAGAGCGAGUUCUGGCAGCUAGCAACCCAGGAACUCAGAGGAUCAGGCCACAUACCUUGUUUGCCAGCGGGCCACCUACCCUUCCCAAUGGGGCUCUGGCGAAUGGACCGAUUCCUGCAGCAAUCCCUCCCAGGCCAUUCAUGAAUGGCUCUAUCCCAGCCAUUCCAGUCCCAGCAGUACGCCCCCCACCACCACCAGUUGGCCAAUUUCCUCCUCCCAUGCAGUGGCCUGCGCAACCACAACCUGGUCAAGCCUUUCCUCAACAUGUGAUGCCGCCGCCACCAUUUCAACAAUUCAGACCUCCGGCCAACAUGCCCCCUCCAAUUACAGGUAUGAUGAGGCCGCUGCCACCACCAUUCGGUGCCGGGGUUCCACCUGCUCUAUGGAGACCUCCCCCUCCUCAGCAGAUGGCUGGAGGGCCUAUGCCUCCAAUGCCGAUGUCCAUACCACCACCUCAGCUGCCAAAUGGAUCUGCUCAAUGACACCCGCGAGCUCCUUCGUGUAAAGAGCUUGUUUUGCCUCCGGAUAACAAUGACCUUAUUUACCGUUGAUUUUGUAGGAAAUCUGUAGAGAAUCUUUUUUUUUUUUACUAAUUUGUUAGUGUGAUUCUAAAUUUUGCAUUUAGAAUUCUCAAUCUGACUCAUCAACAAUAUGUUGUAGUAGUAGAGUUACUUUAAAUGUCAUCUUGAUCAUCA